UGUCGGCAGGAAGAGGAGCGCGGUCGGGGACCCGGCGCGGGCCCAGGGCUUCGCAGGCCGGGGAGGCAGCGCGGGGCCGGUUCGGUGAGCGGAGAGGGGCCACAGCGCGGGGCCGGUUCGGUGAGCGGAGAGGGGCCACAGCGCGGGGCCGGUUCGGCGGCGGCAUGGGCUUGCUGAGCGGCGUGAGCCGCGCCCUGGUCCGGGGCGCAGACCGAAUGAGCAGGUGGACGAGCAAGCGCGGGCCGCGCACCUUCAACAAGGGCCGGGGCGCCAAGGGCACCGGCGUGCACGCCCCGGGCCGGAAGUUCGUGCUGAUAAAGGAGAUGGUCCCGGAGUUGGUGGUCCCGGACCUGACCGGCUUCAGGCUCAAGCCCUACGUCAACUACCGCGCCCCCGCGGGCGCGGAAACCCCCCUGACGGCCCAACAGCUCUUUCUGGAAGCGGUUGCCCCUGCUGUUGAAAAGGACUUUAAAGAGGGGACGUUCGAUCCCGAGAACCUGGAAAAGUACGGCUUCGAGCCCACACAGGAGGGCAAGCUCUUCCAGCUGUACCCCAAGAAUUUCCCGCGGUAGAGAGUAGAGAAGGCUCCGGGCAGUGACCCUUGGUUUUGUCUGUAAGCCAUUCAUUCUCAGGGGAGUGGAGGGCGGGGAGGUGUUUCUCUCCUCCUGUGGAUAUUAAAGACCUUUCCGAGAUAAA